AUGAACGUGACAAAUACCGGAAUGGAAUCUGAUGAAGAAUUUAUCCGUAUAAUUAAGGCUCUUCUUCUUUUGUUGCCGGAUUUUGUAAUGAUCAGCGUACCUCGCUUCAUGAUCUUUCUUGGCCGGUUUGUGGCAUUGAUGUUUCCGUUCCGAUAUUGGAGCAUAGAAUUCACUCCUCGCACGACAUAUGGUAUCGUUGCUAUAGUCGCAACUAUUUAUGCAGUUUACGCGAGCGCAUUUCUUAUGGACGGGUGCGACUUUUCCUACAGCCAUGUCCUCACAAAAUGGGAGUACGGUGCUCAACCGUGCGCUCAGCAUCUGCUGCGCUAUAUGGACUUCUACUAUGACAGUAGCCUUGUUGUGGCCUUCACUCUUAUUGAACUUCUUCUUAUUGCACGACUGAUGUGGACGAAAAAG